UGGAAAUUUGUGCGCCCACUUUAUCCUCUUGACAGAAGAAGGAACUGACCAACAUGAGAUUACAGCUGUGGGGUAAACAUAGAAGAUGUGUAGAAAUCAUGUCGGUGACGUCAGCUCCGUGAUUUCCUUUAUUUCGUAGGAAACGUUGUAAAAUUUUUUUUAUUUUUGUUUGUAGACAGCGUUGGACAUGUGCGUAACUGGGCGGUACAGCUGUGUUGCCGCUCUCAUGGUGCACUGAAUUAUAAAGCACUCGCUUGGUCUCUGCGUGUAACUACUUGGCUUUGCGUGUCAUUGCUACAAACCAGUGAACUACUGACAAGGUUAACCGUUAUGAGUCAGAAGAAACGUAUUGAGAAGAAACACUGGACUUCAGCGGCGUUGGUCCUGCUGCUAGUGGCGUUAUUAAAUGUGUCGCUUUGUACAGCGGAAGAUGCAUCUUGCCACGGCGCCUUUGAUCUGUAUUUUGUAUUGGACAGGUCUGGAAGUGUCUUAAAUAACUGGGGUGAGAUUUAUGGAUUUGUUGAGCAGCUCACCAAUCGGUUUGUAAGCCCCAGGAUGAGGGUGUCCUUCAUAGUUUUCUCUGCUAAAGCUGAGGUGAAACUUCCUCUUACAGGAGACAGGGCUAAAAUAGAAGAAGGCCUGAAGCGACUGAGUGAAGUGAGACCGUCAGGCGAAACGUUCAUGCACGAAGGACUUAAGAAGGCUACUGAGCAAAUGAAAGAGCAGACCUCGAGGUCAUCGAGUAUCAUCAUAGCGCUGACUGAUGGGAAGUUGAGCGCCUUCCCCUUCCAGUACGCAGUUAGGGAGGCAGAUGUUGCAAGAAAGUAUGGUGCAAGAGUGUACUGUGUCGGGGUUCAGGACUUUGAUGAGAAACAGCUUGCUGAAAUUGCUGACAAUAAAGAUCAAGUCUUCCCUGUUUUAGGAGGUUUUCAGGCUCUCAAAGACAUAGUGAAUUCGAUUUUAAAGAAGUCUUGCAUAGAAAUCUUAAAAGUGGAGCCUUCCAGUGUCUGUGUGAAUGAAACCUUUGACAUUGUGUUGAGAGGAAAUGGGUUCACACUGGGCAGAAGUACAGAGGGAGUGGUGUGCAGUUUCAUCAUCAACGAACAGACCUACCAUGAGAAGCCAAGCGUGAUACGGGACAAUUACCUGCUCUGUCCAGCCCCUGUGCUCACAGAAGUCGGACAGUCGAUUGAUGUGCUGAUCAGCUUUAACAAUGGGCAAUCCUUCAUUACAAGUCCUGUCACUGUUUCUGCCACUACAUGCUCGGACGGGAUGGUGGUGGCCAUCGUGCUGCUGGUGCUGCUCCUGCUGGUGGCCCUGGCCCUCAUGUGGUGGUUCUGGCCGCUGUGCUGCACUGUGAUUAUCAAGGACCCACCUCCGCCACCUCCGCCUGCUCCCGAGCCUGAGCCUGAGCCUGACGCCCUGCCGAAGAAGAAAUGGCCCACAGUGGACGCCUCCUACUACGGGGGAAGAGGAGCUGGAGGCAUCAGGCGCAUGGAGGUCCGCUGGGGAGAAAAAGGAUCCACUGAAGAAGGGGCAAGACUAGAGAAAGCCAAAAAUGCCAUUGUCACUGUGCCAGAGGAGGUGGAGGAGCCUAUGAUAAGAACACCUCCUAAACCGACACCUACCUACCAACAUCAGGAGUCCAAAUGGUACACUCCUAUUAAGGGUCGUCUGGAUGCACUGUGGGCCUUGCUGAAACGACAGUAUGACCGCGUUUCAGUUAUGCGACCAGUAGGAACAGACAAGGGACGAUGUAUUAACUUCAGCCGCGUUCCGAACCAGUAGACAAAAUAUACUUUGACCUUUUAUCUACAAGAGUAACUACCUACUGAUGACAACAGAAGAAAUCCACGUUCAGGAAGAUCUCACUGCUUUGCCUAACAACCACUACCAUUGUAUGUCUGUCCAUUUUUAUAGGCUCAUGGAACCCCUUACCUCACA